CUCUAACAACAUGGCCGAGGGGAAAGCAGAUAUAGCCUUGAUUGGGCUGGCCGUGAUGGGCCAGAACCUUAUCCUUAACAUGAAUGACCAUGGCUUUGUAGUGUGUGCAUUUAACAGAACAGUGGAGAAAGUUGAUACUUUUCUGGCCAAUGAAGCUAAAGGUACUAAAGUGAUAGGAGCGAAGAGUUUGGAAGAAAUGGUGAAGACGUUGAAGAAACCGCGCCGCGUCAUGAUGCUGGUGAAAGCUGGGUCUGCAGUGGACGCCUUCAUUGAGAAGCUGGUACCGUUACUGGAGUCUGGAGACAUCAUCAUAGAUGGAGGAAACUCAGAAUACACUGACACAAAUAGGAGGUGUCGCAGCCUCAAAGAGAAGGGAAUCUUAUUCGUGGGCAGUGGUGUCAGCGGUGGGGAAGAUGGCGCCAGAUAUGGUCCUUCCCUAAUGCCAGGGGGCGCGCCAGAGGCUUGGCCUCACAUUAAGCCCAUUUUCCAGUCCAUUGCAGCCAAAACAAAUGGCGAGCCGUGCUGUGAUUGGGUAGGAGAAGAGGGCGCCGGUCACUUUGUGAAGAUGGUCCACAACGGGAUAGAAUAUGGGGACAUGCAGUUAAUUUGUGAGGCGUAUCACCUGAUGAAGGAUGUCUUAGGGAUGAGUCACAAUGAAAUGGCUCAGUCAUUUGAUGAUUGGAACAAGGGUGAACUUGAGUCUUUCUUGAUAGAAAUCACCAGAGAUAUUAUGAACUUCAGAGAUGAGAGAGGGGAGGUCUUGGUAGAGAAGAUACUGGAUUCUGCAGGACAGAAAGGCACAGGAAAGUGGACGGCUAUUUCAGCCCUGGAGUACGGAAUGCCGGUCACUCUGAUAGGAGAGUCUGUGUUUGCGCGCUGUUUGUCAUCCCUGAAGGAGGAGAGGGUGGCAGCCAGUAAAGUACUGAAGGGACCAGCCUCCACCAAAUAUACUGGAGACAAGAGAGAGUUUGUGAAUCACAUCAGAAAAGCACAAAGGGACUACUUUGGCGCACACACCUACCAGCUGUUGUCCACUCCGGGGAAAUAUGUCCACACAAACUGGACUGGACAUGGUGGAAAUGUCUCCUCUACCACUUAUCAAGCAUAG